AUGUCCGACGACGAAAAGACUAUUGCCAAGCCAGCCUUUGUUUCACCAAUUGCCCAACCAAUGGCCGACACCAAAUUGACCGAUAAAUUAUUAAAGCUCGUCAAGAAGGCUUCAAAGGACAAGAAGCUCAGAAGAGGUGUAAAGGAAGUUGUAAAGACUGUUAGAAAAUCACCAAAGGAAACAAAGUCAAAUAAGAACAAGAUUUGUAUAAUUGCAGGAGAUGUUUCACCAAUCGAUGUUUUAUCACAUAUUCCAGUCAUGUGUGAAGAGAGAAAUAUUAAAUAUAUCUAUGUACCAUCCAAAGAAGCUUUGGGUGUUGCUGGAUCAACCAAGAGACCAACUUCAAUUGCUAUGGUUGAAUUGGAUGACGAUUCUGAACACAAAUCUUUAAUGAAGGAAUGUUUGGAAAAGAUUCCAGUAUCUGUAUGUCAAGACAAAUAUAGAUAG